AUGGCAGACAAAUGGUGUGAAAGUUAUGGACAAGAUGCUGGGAGACCACUGGAGUUCAAGAUCUUCAAAUACAUCAUGCGAAUCAUUGGGUCAUCAAGCCAGCAACAGCUGGCUAUGGAAAAGGAUGAACCCGUGUGCAAGGUCCUGGCAACAGCUCCCGCCCGCUACUGGGUUUGUGGUUAUGCAAACAACCAACAUGCGGUGGAGGAGGACAUCACGAGCAACCCACGCAGCACCUCCUUCUACCGAGCCAUGCAGGUGUGCCGGGGCGUUCUUUUGGUCUUGGAUUCAGCUGGAACUCCAUUUCAGAGAACCUGGUGUUGCUUCGAAGAAUCCAUUGCCAUCGAACAUCGAGAGGACCAUUGGUCAAGACGUCGUUUGCUGCUGGAUGUGGGAGCCACUGCUCAUGUGCUCACGGACGGCCUUGCGGGAAGUGAGACUCGGAUGAUUGGCAUCGUGGCGUUGCAUCGCAAGUCCAUCCGAGAACGUGGUUUUCCACUGGAUUUGUUGGAAUGA